CACAUCAGGUUUGGUUCAGAGUGUGUGUUCCAGGAGCCAGGGGAAGACAAAAUGAGGGCUGCGCUGCUAUUCUUGGUGACGGCCUGCUGUCUUGGGGUCUUCCUCCCUGCCGAGGCUUCGAAGGUGGAGAAGCCCCUGCCCCAGGUAGACGGGGUCCUACAACUGACCAAGUCUAACUUCGACAAGGCACUGAAGAAAUCCACGCAGCUACUGGUGCACUUCUCCGCCCCUCUCUCUGGGGACGGGCAGCGGGUUAGCGCGGCCUUCCAAGAGGCGGCGGCUGAGCUCCAGGGGUCAGGGGUCACCAUGGCCACCGUGGACGUGUCCAAGGACAAAGAUCUGGCCAAGCAGCUCAACGCCAGCGGACCCCCGCCCAUCAGACUCUACAUCAACGGGGACCAGCACACUCCCGUGGUCUGCCCAGUGCCAAAGAACGCCGCCUCCAUUUUGACUUGGCUGAAGAGGAGGGCGGGGUCAGCGGCCGACCUGCUCACGGAUUUCAGCCAAUCAAAGGACUCUGAGGAAUUGCUCGUGGUUGGAUUCUUCAAGGACAUAGCCAGUGGCUACGCUGAUGUCUUCUAUGCGGCAGCGGUGGAUCUGCCAGAUGUUAGCUUUGCCAUCACUCACGACGAAAAGCUGAUCAGCAAAUAUGACAUCACACAUGAUGUCGUUCUCCUGCUUAAUAAGUCCAGGGUGGUGGAGGCGUACAAGAUGGCGCCGAAGACUUCUAAAGGAGAUCUGAUCGCCUUUAUCACAGUGUACCAGAUGGAGGUAGUCACCGAGUACGACGGCCAGACGGCCCGGAGGCACCAGGAGCGGGGCGGGGUGGUCUGGGUCAGAGCCAGCAGAACCACGGGGGCCAGAGACGGGUAG